UGCACCAUCCAAUGCGGACGCUGUGGAGGUUUUUUUUUCUUGCGGAAGUUGUUGAAAACUGUCUGAAGUUGGCAUGAUGCGUGCUCGCUCGGUACUGAAGCUAUCGAAAAAUAUCAAAGCUAUUCACCGGGGAAUUGACAUCAAAGUACAGGUACCAGAUCCAGAGAUCUAAGGGUAAAUCCGAAAAGUUCUUCGCUAAGAUGUCAGACCCGCGAAUCCGUACUUUGAAAAUAAAAACUGGAGUAGUUAAGCGGCUAGCGAAAGAAAAAAUCACUUACGAAAAAGAGGCUGCCCAGCAGCGUGACAGGAUACAGAAAUUGAAGGAUCAGGGCAAAGACGAAUAUGAUAUAAGAAAACAAGAAGAGGUCCUUCAAGAAUCAUUGAUGAUGGUUCCUGACUGUCAACGACGUUUAGUAAAGGCUUUUGAGGAAUUGAAAAAGAUCUUGGAAAGUGAGCAAGAUUUGAAAGAAGUGGAAGCUUAUGUCGAAGCUGAAAAAGUGAUUGUAGAUGCGCAACUCCAAUUACCUCAACAAGGAGAAGCUCCCCAAACGUGUUAAAUUGUUUAAUUCGUUGUAAAGCUAUUUGACUCACAUCUAAACAUUCAUAAACAAUUUAUUUCAUUAAAAAAGUGAUCCCCAUAGAUGGAUGAGCUACUGUAGGUUAGAUUUUUAAAAUUAUGUUCCACGGAAUAUUUUGAGAAUUUUUUUCAAAUCCAAUUAUUGGAUUAUCAUUUUUGUAAGACAAGAUGUAUACAAAUCAGGAUUUUUCACAAGCGCCACCUUUCAAUUACAAC